AUGCCCGCCACCCUUUCGCCGUUUCGCUACAUCCAGCUGGCGCGCUAUGUUGUUCAGUGGUGGCUCGAGACCGCCCCGGGACUCCAGGCGCGCCGCAAGGCAGCCCAGGCUCGCGCCGCCCAGAUCAUCUACGCCCCCCGAAUGCGCAAGCCGCUAGCCCAGCCGAAGAAGGAGGAGUACGUGACGGCCGCUGCGGGCGGUUCGUCUGCUGCUCUCGCCUUCAAGCCGACAGCGGUGGACAAGUUCGAGGGCUUGCACACCGAAACCGAACUUGAGGACCUUCCGCCAUACCCCGACAAAUACCCGGAUCCGCGGUAUCCACCAGAGAACAUGGACAUCUACCGCCUCAUGAACGACGAACGCGCUUUCCUCCCGGGACGCACGACCCCACCGAAGGAGAUCGUCGUGCUGUGUCAUGGAUUGUACGGCUUCUCUACAGCAACACCGAUACCACUGUUCCCGUCGCUUAAGCUGCACUACUGGGCAUCCGUGCUCGAGGUGUUGCGCGAUCGCAUGGGGGCAAAGGUCGUCGUCGUCGGCGUCAAAGGCACUGGCUCAAUCCAAGAACGUGCUCAGCAGAUGCACGAGUUCCUCAAGUCGUACCUGCCGAGAGGUGUCGGUGUCAACUUUGUCGCGCACUCGAUGGGCGGACUCGACUGCCGGCACCUCAUCUCGACGAUCAAGCCGAAGGAGUACAAGCCGCUGAGUCUGAUGACGAUCGCGACCCCGCACCGCGGCUCGCCGUUUAUGGACUGGUGCGCCGCCAACAUUGGCGUCGGAUCGAUCGCCCCGCCGUCGGUCAAGAAUGCCGACGACCGUAUUGCCGCCGCCGCCAAGUACCUCCCGUUCACGAUGAAGUCGCCGCUCCUGACGCGCGAGGCCCGCGAGGCUGAGGCGAGGAAGGAUACGGACGCAUUCUCGUCUUUCACGUCGGGACUCACUAACUACCUGCUCAACAUCUUCGACUCGCCCGCGUACCACAACCUGACUACGAGCUACAUGAACGACUACUUCAACCCGAACACGCCUGACGAUCCGAACGUCAAGUACUUCUCCGUCGCCGGCCGCGUUUCGAAGAUGUCGGUGCUGCACCCUCUGUGGUUCACCAAGCUCGUGCUCGACUCUGCCGCUGAGCGAGGGUACCCUUCAACUGAGGUGCUCCCGGGGCACCAGUACGAGGGCAACGACGGACUGGUCUCCGUCGCAAGCGCAAAGUGGGGUGACUUCCUUGGCGUCGUCGAUGGCUGUCACCACUGGGACCUGCGCGGCGAGGGUGGUCUGUGGCCUCAACACGGCGCGUUCAAGGUUGAGGACGAGGAGGCGCGCAGCGGAGACUGGCAGGCGCUUGGUCUCUCUGGCUCUGGCCCAGACUCGAACAAGAAGGACCCGCAACUCGAGUCGUCGCAGCAGCACGACAAGGACCUUGCGACCGCACGUGCCAUGUCCUCACCUGCCGCUUCCGCGGAGGGCACCCCGAAGGACAAGGGCUGGGACCUGGCUCACGUCGGCCAGCUCGUCGAUUGGGUAUCCGACAUCUUCCCCGGCGACAAGAAGGACGGGCAGGAGACGCGGCAGUACAAGGAUGCGAAGGCCGAAAUCGAGCGACCAGAGAAGGAGAAGGGCGAGGGCAAGACGCUGAAGAAGGUCGUGCGGGACAAGUUCGACCUUGCGCGGUUCUACGGCGGUCUCAUGCUCAAGCUGCGUGAGGAGGGGCUGUAA